AAACAGUGUGUUAUAAAACCUAAACAGCAGCGGGCUCGUGAAACCGGUUGUAUAAUAGGAAACAGCUAACGUGUUUCUCGUCACUGGACUGCUAAAAAGCCCGCUUCUCUGUCGGAGGUUUCUCUCGGUUCGCUUCAGACUUACUUCAAGUUUUAUUUAUUGUAUGUUGCACUGCAUUUGGAGGAGCUCAUCUUUUUCCUCUAAACCAAGGCAACUCUUGAGGCUUGCUGCCCACAGUAAUCAGAGGCCCUCCUCAGUAUUCUCCUGCCUGACCAAGUCAUUCACCAGUCAAACCAUCAUGUCAGGCAAAAAACGCAAGGCAACAUCUGCUGCUGCUGCUAAAGACCCCAGUGCCAAGCAGCAGAAGUUGGCUCCCAUGGAGGAGGAGAAGGAGGAGAGAGCUGGGGGCUGGCUGCAGGACCUUGUGAAGCAGCAGAGGACAAAGAAUAAGGAGAUGAAAUUCAACAAAAAGCGCCUCCGUUUUAUAUCUGACACUGAAAAGAUAAAGCAGGGCUCAGAGGGUGUCUUGUACUGGAUGUCAAGAGACCACAGAGUACAAGAUAAUUGGGCGCUGGUCCACGCUCAGCAGCUUGCCCUGAAGGAGAACCUUCCUAUGCAUGUCUGCGUCUGCCUGGAUGUCCCAAAAUCAGAACUCUCCACUCUGAGACAUUACAGCUUUAUGCUGAAAGGUCUGGAAGAAGUUGCAAAGGAAUGCAAAACCUUAGACAUCCAGUUCCAUUUGCUGCAUGGUUCAGCAGGGGAAGUUCUCCCUGGCUUCGUGUCAGACCGCUGCCUGGGGGCGGUGGUGACAGACUUCUCCCCCCUCAGAGAGCCACUGAAGUGGUUGGAGGACGUCAAAAAGAGGCUUCCAAAGGACAUUCCCCUCAUACAGGUUGAUGCCCACAAUAUUGUUACCUGCUGGGAAGCAUCGCCUAAACUUGAGUACGCCGCCAGGACAAUCAGAGGAAAAAUCAACAAGCUUUUGCCAGAGUUCCUCACUGAUUUUCCUCUUGUAGAGAAACACCCCUUCACAGCUACAAGAACUGCCAAACCAGUAGACUGGGACAAAACCCUAGCUUCCCUGCAGGUUGACCGAGCAGUCGGAAUGCCGGAGUGGGCUAAGCCAGGCACCAAGGCAGGGAUAGCCAUGUUGGAGUCCUUCAUUGAUGUACGCCUUAAACAGUUUGACACCCAACGCAACGACCCCAAUGCAGCCGCCCUCAGCCAGCUCUCCCCUUGGAUCCGCUUUGGCCACCUGUCAGCCCAGCGUGUGGCGCUGCAGGUUCAGAGCAGAGGGAAGAACGCAGGUCAGUCCGUCUCCUCCUUCAUCGAGGAGCUGGUGGUGCGCAGGGAGCUGACUGACAACUUCUGCUUCUACAACAAAAAGUACGACAGCGUGGAGGGUGCGUAUGAGUGGGCUCAGAAGACGUUGAAAGAUCACGCCAAAGACGAGAGGCCAUAUCUCUACACGCGUGAGCAGCUGGAGAAAGCAAAGACACAUGACAAACUGUGGAACGCCGCUCAGCUCCAGAUGGUCACUGAGGGGAAGAUGCAUGGUUUCUUGAGGAUGUACUGGGCCAAAAAGAUUCUGGAGUGGACUUCUUCACCAGAGGAGGCGCUCUCGAUCGCUCUGUACCUGAACGAUCGCUAUGAGCUGGAUGGCCAGGACCCUAACGGUUUUGUCGGUUGUAUGUGGUCUAUUUGUGGCAUCCAUGACCAGGGCUGGGCAGAGAGACCCGUUUUCGGAAAGAUCCGCUACAUGAACUACAAGGGCUGCCUUCGGAAGUUUGACGUAGCCCGAUUUGAGAGAAAGUACUGUCCCAAAAACCUUUGAAGCAUAAAAUGUUUUGAAGGAUGGGAAUAAAAUGCCUGACAGCCUAUAUCUCCUACACCUGUACCCCAGGGAACAUUUGUACAGCCUAUCUUGCAGUGGAUUGUCUUCUUUUCUUUUUCAUUUACUGCUUGUUUUGUUCAAAACACCCAGUAUGUUGUUGCUUGGGGCUGUUUCUUUUACUGAAUAUUCAGACAUGUUUAUGCUUAUCAAGACUGUAAACUGUUUACUGGUAGUUUACUCUAUGGUGUGCUGUUGCUUAACAUUAGAUUAUGAUCUGUGGUGCCUACUUAGUAAGCAGAAAGAGCUUUUACUUUGUUUUAUGCUACUUUUAUAUAUUAUAAAUUUUAUUUUACACAAAG